AUGGCUACUCCACUCCACGCCUCUGGCUUGCGGGAUCGACCGAAGCCGUAUCAGAAACGUGUGGAGUUCCAAGAGCUCCCGUUUCGUUCGCGCUUCCAACAGCAACGCGAACGGAUUCUCAAGUUCCAACGCAGAUGGGAGCGAAUCAAGGAAGACCUUCCACCACAGCUAUCUCGAAGACAUAUCGGAAUGAUCUCCAUCGGUGGUGUCAUCGGAACGGGCUUGUUUCUAGGUUCUGCGGAAGCACUCAAGAAUGGAGGGCCAAUUGGUUCCUUGAUCGGAUACAUGAUCGUCGGCAGCAUGGUUUUCUGCCUUUGUGUCUCUGUCGGUGAGAUGAUCGCAUUUUUACCAAACGUGGGCGGUGUUGUCGGUUUGGCAGACCUAUAUGUUGAUCCUGCACUUGGGUUCUCGCUGGGCUGGGCAGCGUGGUACAACUGGAGCAUCACUUUGCCCGCCGAGAUUUCGGCCGCGGCGCUUGUAAUAGGCUACUGGAAGGACCUCUCAACACCUCUCGUGACAGUCAUUUCUGCUAUAUUUCUGCUGAUGGCGACAAUAAUCAACUGCUUUCCGUCCAAGGUCUACGGAGAAAUGGAGUUCUACUUAUCUUUCUUGAAAGUGGUAACGAUAUUGGUUAUCGUUAUUUCCUGUCUUAUGAUCGACUUGGGGGCAUCACACCUCGGGUGGAUUGGUCUCCGACACUGGAUUAAACAACCUUUUGCCCAUGACUACUUAGGGAUUGACGGCUCGCUAGGUCGCUUCUUAGGGUUCUACGCCGUCAUAAUGCAAGCGACAUUCUCCUUUUCGGGAUCAGAGGUUCCUGGGAUUGCUGCAGGUGAAGUCAUUGAUGCUUCCAGGAACGUCCCACGUGCACUGCGAAAAGUAUGGAUAAGAAUCACCCUCUUUUACGUGGGAGGAAUCUUUGUAGCAGGACUCCUCGUUCCUGCCGAUGAUCCGCAUCUCGGUCUCGACAACCAAAACGGCUCUUCUUCCCCAUUCGUUAUCGCUUUCAACAUCGCCGGAUGGAAAGUCCUCCCGCACAUGUUGAACGCCGCCAUUCUCGUCUCUGCAUGGUCCGCCGCGUCCUCGGACAUAUACGUCUCCUCCCGCUUCCUCUUCUUCCUCGCCUGCCGCGGCCAUGCUCCUAGUAUCUUUGCCCACCUCUUCCGCUACCCGCGCCGGCGCACCGCGAAAGACCCACACGCGGCGCCGUAUUCCGAGCCCUACUCCGACUCCGGAACCGACCCCGAUUCAGAUUCAGAAUCAGGCGGAGAAUCGAUCAUGGAAAUCCGACGCGAUCCCCCACCCUCGCCGGACUCGCCCGGCGGGCCGCGCGGGGAGGAAGUCGCGCCGUGGCGCCGCCGCGAGCCGACAUUCGUGAUACCGCUUGCGAGCGUGUUCGCGAGCGCGUCCGUCGGACUGCUCACCUUCCUCAGCUACCACACCGGCAGCGCGGCGACGGUGUUCAACUGGCUCGUCGCCGUGGCGAGCAUCGCGUGUCUGCUGUCGUGGUCCGGGAUGCUGUUCACGUACAUCCGAUGGCACCAAGGGACGGUGUACUACGAGGAAAAGUACAGAACGGACAUGUCGCCGGCGGGAGACGAGGCUCGGGCGCAGAUCAAGCAGAUCAAGAUCCAUCGCCAGUGGGGGCAGCCAUACCUGGCGUGGUACGCAUUUGCGACGUGCAUCCUUGUUCUCCUCACAAACGGCUGGGCUGUGUUCUUGCACAACGGAUGGAAGGUCGCGGAACUUGUCCCAUCGACUGAAGAGAAGAUGUACAACGACAGCCAUAAGAUCUCCCAGCCGAUCUUGGUCUUUCUUUCGUCCUACAUCCCGCUGCCUAUAUUCGUUUUACUCACAUUCGGGUACAAACUCGUCAUGCAGACGGAGAUGAUGCCCUUGGACAAGAUGACGUUCUUCCGCGGGGAGGUUCCUAGUCCGCUUCCCGAGUGUGAGCCUACUGGUUGGCUGGAGCGGCUCCUGGCAUGGCUAAUGGUAAUAUGA